AGCUUGCGUUGUCAUAUCUUGGAGCGCUUCUUGCUUCCGCCGUUUGUGGAACGCCAUAUCUUUUUUCAGCGUAUAGCACUGCAUUGGCUAGUAAAUUAAAAUUUAGUUCUGUUCAAAUUAAUACCAUUGGAAGCGCGGCUAAUUACGGUUGUUAUUUGAGCGGUCCAAUUUGUGGUUAUAUAGUUGAUCACCAUGGUUCAAGAAGGGCUGCCAUUAUCUCUUCCUUCAUAAUGUUUACCGGAUAUUUUUGUUUAGCAAUGACGUAUGAAGGAAUUUUUAGUUCAAAGUCCUUUCUUCUAUGUGCUUUAUAUUUGCUUUUGGUUGGAAUUGCUUCGUCUGGAGCAUACAAUGCGGUUCUUGGACUUGUUGCUAGAAAUUUUACAAAAAAUCGCGGAAUUGCAUUUGGUUUUCCUGUGGCAUUAUAUGGUCUUUCCGCUUUCAUAUUCGCUCAAACGAACAGCCUAUAUUUCAAGAAUGAUACGUACCAUUUUCUACUGUUCCUUGCUAUAUCAUGCGGUCUAGCUAUGUUCAUAGGCGGCUGGUUCUUGGUAAUCAUACCUCGUUCACGAUAUACCAAGCUUAAUCCCGAAGAAGUUGAUCAAAUUUCUGAUCUUCCUGAAUCUUCAUCCAGUGAUCAAGACAAUGAACAAACUUCUUUAUUAGCUAACAAAGUUUCUUUUGAUGAACCUGAUAUAGGAGGAUGGGAAUUAUUUUACAAUCAUGAUGCUUUACUUUUAGGUAUCUUAAUGUCCUUGCUUGGUGGGUGUGGAUUGAUGUAUAUUAAUAAUGUUGGAGCGAUAAUAAAAUCACUAUAUUCCCUUCCAUCAUCGAAUCCAAAGUCUCAAAGUCCCGGAAAAACCGCCAUUGCGGACAUUCAAGAAUUACAGAAUUUACACGUUUCAAUUCUUUCUAUUUUUUCGUGUGUUGGCCGUAUUUUUGUGGGAUUCUCUUCAGAUAUCACAAAGA